AUGAAACCAAACACUACUACAAGGUGUUCUGUAUUGUUCUGUUUCCUAAGAAACGGGUUGUUCUUUGCGUAACAACGGAUAAAAUUAAUCCAUCGAUAAGAUAUUCCAUCCGAACGCUGGGUCUACAAGGGUGUAGUUCAGUAAGAGAAUAAUCAUGGCCUUUAGGAGGAUAUACUUGCUUCCUUUAAUUGUGUUCGUAGCAGUGCCCGUUUCAUUCUUCGUCUCGUAUGCUAUAGCAGUCCAUAACAACCAUGUUGAACCUGGAUUCCCUUAUAUAAGCGAAACGGGGAGUUUCUCGCCCGAGAGUUGCAUAUUUGGACAAGUUAUUAACUUUGCAGCUUUCCUAAUUGUUGUCUGUGUAUACAUAAAAUACCUGGAAAUAAAGAACUACAUACAAACUCCUACGCCGGGGGACGGAGUGAGCCACAGAUUCAAUAAAGUGACUUUGGCUUUCGGCCUUGCUUCCUGUGCUGGCCUUGAUAUAGUGGCCAACUUCCAGCAAUCUAAUGUUAUUGUUGUCCACAUGCUGGGAGCCUUUAUGUGCUUUGCAGCUGGAACUACAUAUUUUAUCUUACAGGUGUGGAUUUCAUACAAAAUUCCAGGCCUUGCCUCAAAAUGGAUGCUGAGGAUACGAGCUUUUCUGGUUGGACUUUGUGUUCUGACGACGAUUUCAACAAUAAUUCCAGGAAUCGUUGCCUUCUUCGAAUAUCGAGGUUCGAUACGGCAAAAGUGGAAACCUGAAGAUGGCGGCUGGGAAUUACAUCUGGCGAGCGCAAUAUCCGAGUGGAUUCUCUGCAUCACGUACUGCGCUCUCAUGUGUUCUUUCGUGCCUGAUUUCUAUAACCUAGAAAUUGAGGCUCCUAUUGUAAAAUUAAAAAAGAGUAUAUUUACAAAAAAAAGUAAAAUAAUUUCUUCUUCUAAUGCAGGGAUUCCGCAACGUUCAGAACGCCUUACUAUUGGUUCUGGAUAAUGUGGCGUGUGAGAUUUUUGUAAUGGGGGGGUGGGGCAUAUGAUUGUAGUUAAUGAUUAAUGAUUUCACAGUAAAAGCCUACAAUUUUAUUUGUUUUCAAGCAUACAUAUGUUGUUUUAAUAAAUGUAAACUGCACGUAUGUACCAACGAAGAAGUGGGUGUACUGAACCGAGGGCUUAGUUUCCAGAGACCCAGCAUUCCCAGUCUGUUGGUUGCACGUGAAUAUAUGGACAGAAGGUUACUUCAUUCAAGCAUUAAUGCUUAUUAAUUUUGUGGCAUAAAACUGGAUACAUUGUGACUCUGUUACCUUGAAGUGUGGCAAAUGAAUUGUUGA